AUGGACGGCCGCCGUCUGGAGUGGAGCCGGUGUUUGGAAGGCGGUCCUGGCUCGUGGUCAUUGAUUGACUCGGACGGCGCGGCCUUUACCACUGAAGCAGCUCCUCGAUGGCAUCUGCUCUUCUUUUCCACCGAUCCCGUGGAGAGGCUGCAGUGCCGAUUCGUCCGAUGGCAUCCAGCAGAUGCCCAGGUUGCUGUGUUCGAAGCUGAAGACAGUUAUCCUGCCGAAAAGGUCUACGUCCGUGCAGUGCCCUCACCCUUUGUUGUCACCUGCAGCUUGACACCUGUCGCACGAAAUGCCGUCGACGUGGUGUUCACCACGGUGGCCGGCGGCGAGCUGCUGCGAAUCACCGGCAUGUCAAACCCUUUGCCGGAGAUGGAAGAGCUUGCUACAUCCGCUGCCCUAGCCGCGGCAGCCCAAGGCCGUCUGCAGAGCCGCAACCAAGCAGUGUGCACGGCGUCAGACGGGCAGCUGGUCACAUUGGUCCUUUCCCAUGACAUGUGGGACAUGAUUGACA